UCGAGACCCUCAACUAAAACUGGAAUAAUUCUCCAGCGGCCUGUGUUGCCCCUUCGUUCAACAGGAGCACAAGACCUAUGUGAAAAAUGACGCUUGAUGGUGCUCAGUUUAUAUGCCUGGACGAGGCCGGCAAUCGUGGUAAAGUCGUUGAGGCCAAAGGCCGGAAAUUUUCAGUGGGCUACUAUACAAGCUGCGAUCUAACCAUUUGCGAUGAACGGGUAAAAGGGGUUCACUGUACCAUUGAAUGCGAUGCAUUUGGCAGGAUUACCAUACGCAAUUUAUGUUCCGAAAACCCAAUUAAAAUUGAUGGUGAAAUUGUAGAGAACAAGCGAGUAUUGUUUAAUAAAACAAAGAUUACAAUAUUAGACAACACCUAUCUGUGGGAGUUUGAAACAAAAAAUUCAAAGGAAUUUGAGGAUUUAGAUAGUGGAAAUGUAUCAACGCCCCAAAAACAAAUCGGUAUACCCCAGCAUUCGGCAUUCUCAUGUCCAGGCGUUAAGAAUAUUCCUAACAUUGAACCACGUUUUACAGUUCACAAUUUUGCCUAUUGCAUACAAUCGGAUGAAGAAGGAAAUACUUCUGUCGAAUCCUCUGCUGAUGCCAACGAAGAGCAACCACCGUUCACCACCGUCGAAGUACCACAUUCAAUGGCUACGAAAAAUGGUGAUAAAAAAGUUGAUGAUUCAUUGAACUCACCUAAAGAAGAACUUAAACAACGUGAAGUUACCCCAGAACCUGAAUGUACUCAAUCGGUGUUACAGGACACGCCAAAAAUGAAUCUGAUUAACAGCACCAACAACAAAGAAAACUCAACAAGUACUCAAAAGAAAAAUAAUUUGCAAUUAUCAUUGUGCCAUCAAUCGGAUGUUGUUAUUACAUCUUUUUCACCACGUGAACCGGGAGUUAAAAUUGAAAAAUCCUUUACGGCUAUACUCAAGCCCAAGGUGCUGGUCACUAUGGCUCCCAAUACACCAAGAAGUGUCUAUAGUACCCCCAAGAGUGUACUGCUCGAUGAUGAUGACGACAUUGAUGUCGAUGAGAUGGACAAAAGUAAGGACACCAUACAUUUUCAUACGCCUUCAACAUCCCGCAAGGCAUCUAGAAAUGUUAAAAACACCUCUAUGCAUUUGGUGGAUUUUACCACACCCAAUAAACUUGCACCGGCAAGUCCUUACCUAAAAUCUGCUCUCAAAGCUUCGGCCAAAAAGCAUCCACUUACUCCUGUGGCUGCAAAAACCGCAGGCAAGAGCAAAGAUGAGAAUUUGGGUGUAAGUGCCUUGCCCAUUACACCCCUGCUGGAGGCCGGAGAUUCAAAAAGUGAACUAGAAACCCCUGGUUCAGUUAUAAGUGUUCAUUCCACUGACACCUCUAGUGUCAUUGAAAUUUUAAGUGAUGAAUCCACACCGGGCAACAAUGCAAAUGCUAUACUCAAAACUCCCGCCAAAACAGAUAUGGUCAAGGCCCAGGCCACCACCCCAAUGAGAACUCCUCAGUCACUUAUGAAGAGAGCUAUUUUAACAAGUACCAAGAAACAAAUGUCAACGCCUAAACGGCCAGAAGCAACCACUGCCGCAACGCCAAUAGUUACACCUCGCAGAGAGCCCAUCAAUCGCAUACCAUUACGAACUAGCAUUAGUUUAUUGAGAUCACCGGCCACACCUAAACCAACUGGGCCAGAUCCACCUUCAUCAUCAACAUCAAGAAGAAUUAGCAUGUCGGCACCCUCUCGAAAGAGCAUGUCGGCGGCAAGCGCUUUGAAAUUUGAAAGCACACCCCUAUCAAAUAAAAAAACAUUUGCAACCCCUUCAACUUCACGCAGGUCAUCAUUAAUACCCAUGUCAGCCAGUAGAGCGCAAACUUCGACGCCUUUUAGUUACUCACGACAAAAUAAAUCGGCUUGUAGAACAUCACCUUUGAACAAGGUGCGCAAGUCUGUAGGAGGCAUUCCACUAUCAUCGCAUAUAUCAAAAGCGAGACGCUCAAUACUGAACACAUCGCAUUCCCAAUAUACAUCUAUCAAGGAGAAAUCUCCUCAACAAGUGAUGAGUGACCGUUUGGUGUCGCGGGCUCGCAAAUCAUUAGGUAUAUCGCCAAUGUUGAGUAGAGCCAUAAAUAUGGUGCAAGCUUCCAAAGCCGCUAAUCCCAAUGGAUCGAGCUUAUUAAAGAAACCACCAUCGGCUAGGAAGUCUAUGGCAUCAAAAUCGGUCUUAUUUGCUGAAAAUCAACAAAAGAAGAAGAUCACAGAGACAGCAACAGCAGAUCUCAGUGUUACUUUUGUAAUUGAUUCGGACGAGGAAGUCGAGAAUAAAGCUGUUGAAAAGAAAAAAGAUGCUACAUUUUCCCCAGAAAAGGGUGAACAAUUACAGGCGAAAAAUGAAGGCCAAAUGGAAGAAAAAACUUUGAAUGUUACCUUCUCACCUGAAAAAGAAGGUAACGGGGCAUGUAAAAAGGUCGAUAUUCCUAUAGAUGUUGAUGAAUUAGUACAGAAAGAUGAUAGCGUACCAUUGGAAAAUAUUGAAACCAUUGAAAGCUUACAAAAAGACGAAAACGAGCAGAAGGAACCGGAAAAUGAAGUUUCCUUAGUUGCACAAGCCUCUGAAGAGAGUUUUGCUGAAAUUAUUUUUGAUUCACUAGAGGAAAUCGAGGAUCCAAAGCCAUCAGUGGCAAUAGGAGAAAUUGAAGACAACAAUGAAGCUGACAAAGUUUCAGAAGCUUCAAAUCAAGCAGAAGUAGAAAAAGAAAUCCAGGCGGCAAUAAAACCAGAUAAAAGCCCAGAAGAAGUUGAAAUUGGCUUUGGUGAGGAAUCCUCCUCCAUUCAUCAAGCUAAUGCUGUAAAAGAGCCAACUAUUGGCACCGAUUUCAUUGAACUCGAUACAACAAAAGAAGCUAUAGCUAUCGCUGAAAAGGCCAGCAUUUCGCCAAACAAAGUUGUAAGCAAUAUUCCUUUGGAGAAAUCAUUGGAAAAAGAAUCAUCGGUCUAUAAACCCAUUUGUGAAGAUAUAACCCUGGAAGGUUCAGUAAUAGAAAAAGAUGUCAAAGAGCUGAGCUCUGUGAAUAGAUCCAAUAAACCCAUAGAUGAGGUAGUGACUUUGCUAGAUGAUUCUUUAACUGUAGAACUAGCUACAGAAAAAGACAAUGAUGCUUUAAAAGCACAAAUUGUUACACAACAAGUAGAUGAAAAAGCUGAAGAAUGUCCAUCUGAAGAACAAAAAACUACCAGCGAAUCAAUAAAUAGCGAAAAACUAAAUGAGCCAGCAUCAGAGUCAACAACCCCUGAAACUGUGAAGGAUGAUCAUCAGGAAAAUCUUCAGAAAAAGGGAACGUCAACUGUCGUAGAAGAAGAAGAAACCAAUGUAGAAAAAAGUCAAAUUCCAAUGGAAGAAAAUAAUGAAAAUAUCUGCAAAAAUGUAGAAAAGGCGGCUGAUCUUGGUGUUUCCAAAGACGAUUCUCCAUCCGACCAUAAAGAGGAAAGCCAAGCUGAAAACACCAAUUCAACUGAGGAAAGAGAAGAUUCUAUUGCAGAAAGUUCGCUGGCGGACAAAUCGGAUAUUGCUGAGGAGGAAGCUAAUGCGGGAGAAGUUAGUCAAGAAAAUGAUGAAAAUAUCUGCGAAAACGUAGAUGCUUCUCUUGUCGAUGAAGAAGAUAAAGGCCAAACUGAAAACCUCCAUUCAGCUGUCACAGACGAAAACUAUAUUGCGGAAUGUUCAGCACCGAACCAAUCAGAGAUGGCUGAAGUUGAAAUUCAAGUGGAACACAAAGAAGCUUCUCACCCGGAAACAUCUGACACUUCCGAGAACAAUGCGAUAGCCGAACAGAGCCAGGCAGAAACUCAAGAUUCCAAACAGGUAGAAUCAAAUUCAUGUGUAUCACAGACCACAAAGGAUAAAAUUGAAGAAAUGACAGAGCAACCAAGUGAGAGGAACCCACUAAAUAAGUCCGAUGGAAAUGUGAUUCUUGCCGAUAUAGAUGUGAAAGCGGCGGAGAUUAGCACCACCUGUAAGUUACUGGAACAAAUCGAAGAUGUUCUCAACAAAUCGGAUGAAAUCAAACAGAAACAUUUGGAAGAACACGACGACAAUGAAAGUAUUCCAACGUUGACGGACGAAAAUGAAAGUGUAAAAUUAACACAAGACAGUAUUUCGGAUUAUCAACAUAGUGAAGUUGGAGAAAAUAAAGACGAAACCGCAAAAACCUUAGAAAUAGUUGUGGAAGGUAAUGAUGGGGAAACCAUUGGGCAAAAAGCGCAACAACAAGUUGGCAAUGAAAAUGAGGGCGAAAAUGCAACAAAAACAACGGAAGAAGAAGCUGAAGCUUCGAUGAAACAAGUUGUUGACAGUAUUGCAAAAUCCUCCCAAAGGUUGUUCGAUUCUCGUUCAACCACAGGAACACCCAAACGUCGCAGUCGACGAGCCUCAAUGCUGGCAGAAACAGCAGAAGAUAUUAAAGAAAACAUUGACGUUUCUUUACAAAAUGUUGCCAAAAAAUUGGCUGAAAGCGAAAUGGCAGCGGUCUGCACUCCAAGACGCAGUUCUCGACGAAAAUCCACUUCUAUGGAAACGGAUGGCGAAAGUAAUAACGAUGUUAAAUCCUUGCCAACGUUUACACCAAGGCGUAGUGCACGACGUGCUUCUAUGUCUAGCGACGUUGUUACCAGCAGUACAUCCUUUACGCCCUCUAGCAAAAAAACUAGAAGGGCUUCACUCUCAGCUGUAUCUGAAACACCUCUAACUCCUAAACGCAUAACAAGUCGCCGGUCUUCUAUAUCUUUAGAUACUGAAGAAGUUAUUAAAGUUGUGGAGGAAUCUACACAAUCCAAUAGUACACAACGAACUGAACCUAUUGUGGAGGAAGUAAAUGAAGAUAUGGGUGCCAUUAUUGAAGAAGAGGAGGGGGAAGAAGAAGAGGAGGGGGAAGAAGAAGAGGAGGGGGAAGAAGAAGAGGAUGUUGCAAAGCAAAUUCCAUCAGUCACAUGUUCCGUUGGUGAAGUUCCUAACAAUACUAAUUCAGACAAUGCAACAUAUCUACAACAUGUAAAGGAUAAUGAAUCAUUGGAGGAUAAUGUCAACAGUAAAGACACUGACCGAAAUAUUGUUGACGAAAGAGUCGAAACAGAGAAGGAGACGUCAUCAGAGCAAGUGAUUUCACCUGAGACUAAUACACAAAGUGAAAAUACAGAGACGAAAACAUCUGACUUAACAGAAGAUGAAAAACAAUCAAAAGAUGAUGAUGAGGUUAUUGUGGAGCAUCAAAAUAUCUUAAACGAUGAGGAAACACCAGUCGAGCCAGACUCAACACAAAUCGAGCAAGAAAACGAUGUAACUGGGCAAGUGGCAGAAAGCGUUUCCAGCGUAGUUACGGAGUCUCCUACAGAACCCACUGCUGAAUUUUCUGACGAUAUUGUUGAGGAUAUUGCACCAGAUGAAGAUAUGCAAACACUUUUGAUUUCUGACGAGGAUGAAGAACCUAACGAGGACAGAGAUACUCAAAUGUUAACGAAUACAGUUCCUCAAACGCCGAAGAGCAAAAAGUCUGUGCGAAUUGUGGCCGACUCACCGUGUACACCAGUUAUGGCGGGAAUGCGUGAGAUGCUUAAAACUCCCAAACCAGAACAAAGUACUCCACAAUUUAAGGGCAUUCGAGAUUUAGUGCGUACACCUAAACAACUGUCUACAGAAACAGAAGAAGAAGAGACCGAAAGCAAAGGACAGGCGAGCGAAUUAAGAGGUGUCAAAGAACUGCUUAACACGCCCAAGACUUGCAGUACUCCACGCUUUAAGGGUAUGCGCGAAUUAAUGCAAACUCCAAAAGAAAGUAGCUCCCCUGUUUUGGGUGGAGUUAAAGAUCUAUUGAGCACAUCAACAAGCGAUGAAGCUAUAGUUGUCGAAAAUGUCGAAAACACCGCUUCUACAUCUAAAGAGGUUAAAGCAGCCAUGCAUAUCUUGAAUACACCCAAGACUUCUAUUGCGGCCUCACCACGAUUUAAAGGCAUGCGUGAGAUGCUAAAAACAUCCAAAGAAACCAGCAUUCCUGUUUUGGGUGGAGUAAAAGAACUGUUAGAUACACCAGUUAAAGAAGUUAGUACAGUGCAAAAUGUUGAAAUAAACAAAAAUAAAGCUGAAGCUGUUGAAAAAGAUGCCAAGGAAUUGUUGAAUACUCCGAAGACUUGUGGAACACCACGAUUCAAGGGAAUGCGAGAGGCGAUGCAAACGCCAAAAACUGGCACAACUCCUCUUUUAAGUGGAAAGAAAGUACUAUUAGAUACGCCCAUACUGAUUUCCAAAGGAGAUAUGGAAACCGACGAAAAUAUUAACACCGAGAAGGAAGAAGGAAAAGAUCUUAAAGAUGUUAAAGAAUUGUUAAAUACUCCCAAGACAUGUGCUACACCACAUUUUAAGGGUAUGCGAGAACUCAUGCAAACCCCCAAACCGAUUUCCACACCUCAAUUGGCUGGAGUUAAGGAACUUCUUGAAGAGCCAGAGGAAGAAACGCAACUGACUGAAGACAGCUAUAAGUCCCAAAAUGACACUCCCACCACCUCUUCAAUAGAGGAAAAUAUGGACCUUAUCAGAGAGGAAGAAGAAAGAGAUCUUAAAGGAAUAAAGGAAUUGUUAAAAACUCCCAAGACAUGUGCAACGCCGCGUUUUAAAGGCAUGCGAGAACUCAUGCAAACACCCAAACCUAGUUCUACGCCUCAAAUGGCUGGCGUUAAGGAACUACUGGACGCGUCAAAGGAAGAAACUCAUGGCAACGAGAUUCCAACCUCUUCAUUGAUUGAGGAAAAUACUGACUUCGUUGUGAAAGAAGAAGAAGAAGAGAAAGAUCUACAAGGAAUAAAGGAAUUGUUAAAAACUCCCAAGACAUGUGCUACUCCAAGGUUUAAAGGCAUGCGAGAACUAUUGCAAACACCCAAACAUAGUUCCACUCCCCAAUUGGCUGGGGUUAAAGAACUUCUUGACGUUUCAAAGGAAGAAACACAAGAGGAUAAAACUGAAGAUAAUAUUGAGUCUCAAGACGACAUUCCAACCACGUCAUCGAUAGAGUCGAACAAAGAACUCAAAGGUAUCAAGGAGUUGAUGAAAACACCCAAAAGCUGUAGUACGCCACGUUUCAAGGGCAUGCGUGAACUGAUGCAAACUCCCAAGAUGACUUCUACGCCCGUCUUAGGGGGCUUGAAAGAACUGAUGGAUACCCCAAAGCCAGGACAAGAAGAUGGCAAUCUGGAUAAAUUCCUUAAAACACCCACAGCGAAAAAUAUAAUGAUUCCAACUUUACCUUCGAGUGCGAUAAUUGAAAAACGUGAGGAUUCCGUGGAGAUGGUGCAUUCAACUGAAUAUGACUUAAAUGAUUCCAACGAUGGCAGUUCAGCACACUUGGAGGAAUUAUUCAAAACACCAGUUGCUUCGCGCUUUGUAGAACGCAUUACGGGUUCCUUUUAUGGCGAUGAACAAGUAGAACGAGGCGAAGAGGACAAUGAAUCUAUAAACCAAGCAGCUGAUAUUCAAACACCAUUAAGCAGGAGUUUGCCUCGGAAAUCGUUAAUACUAAAUACACCGAAAUUCCAGUCGCCCUUCUCAGCUGCCGAGGUACUAUCCGAUUUGUCUAAGUCUGAAGUAGAAGAUUGGGUUGAAAAAGUUGAUCCUUUGCAACAAACUGUAACCAAUGUCUACGAUGGUGCUGAAGAAGGUAAUGAUGAAGAUGAAAUACAAGAACAACAGAGCAUAAAUGACUCGAUUACUGAAAGUAAUCGAUCUCUUUCUGUGGUACCUGAAACAUGUACCAAAUCUUCCAUUUCUAUUGGCAAUAAAUCGGAGACAAUGAUCAAUUUGAGCACAAAUAUUGGCACUUCAUCCAAAGAUCCUUUGGCUACCACAGUUACAAAGCUCAAGGAUCAAGAAAACCGACCCAGAACACCAAUUGAGAUCGAUGCCGAUAUAAGUGGCAUUAAUUUACUGGAUCAAACUGGAGAAUCUGCACUUGAUUGUUCUUUGGCUGUCAGUGAAGACGAUGACGAAGAGCAGCAAGAAAAUAAUGCCAAGGAUGCGAAUGAAACAUUAAAUGAUUCCGUUAAGGAAGUGCAGGAGGAACAAAACGAUACGUUAUGUGAAGAUGACAAUGACUUGUCAGAAUCGUUGGUGGUCAGUGAUACUGAGGAUACGGAAAAAGAAUCCAACUCGGAGCAAUUGCAUGACCGGGAAACAUUAAUCAAAAUCAGCAGUUCGGAUGAUGUUGUUUCUUCGUCAGUAAAUACAGCUUCCGAUGUUGCGUGUGAAGUUGUGGAAGAAGUUGUUUCAUCAAAAUCUGAUGGCGAACACGAUGUGGUUAAGGGUCAUAAGGACACCUCAAAUGAACAGGAAAAAGAAGAAUCAUCUUCAAAAUUAGUUAAAGCCUCUAGUUUAGAGUGUGAAGAUAUUUUCUUGGAUGAUUCUGUCGAAUGCAAUGAUGCUGACGUGGAAGAAGCACCUAAGGAUCACGACAAAGUUAUUGAAAUUACUUCCGAAGAAUCAAGUGAAUGUAAAAUUGUUGAUAGUCCAGCCAAGGAUAGGGCAGACUUGAAAAAAAUAGAAAUAUCAAACGCUGAAUAUGAAGAUAUUUUUAUGGACGAUUCCGUUUUGGUUGUUUCCACCUCCCAAGCAGAUUCUCAAACUGAUGAAGUCCCAGAAUGCUCUGCCGGAUCUAAGGCAAAGGGCAACUUAGAAACUGUUGACAUUGGAAAUGAAAAACAACAAAAAGAAUGUGUUGUCAUCUUAGCUGAAGAUGAUGCUGACCAAUCAGUUGAAGAGGUCACGUCAUGUGAAAAUGUAUUGUAUAAAGAGGAGAACGAAUCUGAAACCAAGAAAUCUGUUGAAAUUAUUGACGGUGAUAAUCAGGAAGAGAAAAUUAUAUAUCUUGAUACUGCAACUGCAAGCGACAGAGACAUAUUGGAAGUAGAGGAGUCUGAUGAAGCCAUAAACUCCGAAGUACAACAAGUCAUAGUUGAGUUUGAUACUAAGAAAUCUGUCGAAAUUAUUGACGUUGAUCAUCAAGAAGAGAACACAACUGCAUGCGAUAGAGACAUACUGGAAGUAGAGGAGUCUGAUGAAGCUAGAAAACCUGAAGAUCAACAAGUCAUUGUUGAAUCUGAUCCCAAGAGUUCUCUCGAAACUGUCGACGUUGAUUAUCAAGAAGAGAAAAUUAUAGAUCUUAACACAACUGCAAACGAUAGAGACAUACAGGAAGUAGAGGAGUCUGAUGAAACUAGAAACCCUGAAGGUCAAAAAGUCAUUGUUGAAACUAAUAAAUCUGGCGAAAUUAUUGACGUUGAUGAUCAUCAGGAUGAGAAAAUUAUAGAUCUUAACACAACUGCAAGCGAUAAAGACGUACAAGAAGUGAAGGAGUCUGAUGAAGCUAGAAAACCCGAAGUUCAACAAGUUAUUGCUAAAUCUGAACCCAAGAGUUCUCUCGAAACUGUUGACGUUGAGCACCAAGAAGACAAAAAUACAGAUCUUAACGCAACUGCAAGCGAUAAAAACAUACUGGAAGUAGAAGAGUCCGAUAAAUCUAGAAAAACCGAAGUUCAACACGUUAUUGUUAUUGCGGACGAAGCAAAUAUUCAAAUCAGCAAUGAAGUAAUAAAGGAUGUGGAUGAAAAGGUCAUUGAAAUCUUUUCGGAAGAAUCUAGUGAAUGUAAAUUUGUUGAAAGUCCCGGCGAGAUAUUAAGAGAAGAGCAAGCACAGCCAACAUCGAGUCAUGAAUGUGAUAAUAUAUUCAUGGACGACUCUGUUGUUACUUUUGUAUCUCGAACGGAAGCUGAUGAUAUUGAAAAGCCCUCUACUAGUAACAAAGGAUUAGAUACUUCUAAGAAAGUUAUGGAUGAAGUGGUAUCAUCAAGUCAAUCUGAUGCUUAUUAUCCAUGCGAAGCCAUUACUGAUGAAGAAUCCAAAUUAGAAGAAACUGACAUUACAUCUUCGGUGUCGGAGUCCAAAUUGACAAGUGAAGAAGCCAAUUUGCCAGACCAAGGGAACAAGUCAGACGCAGAGGUUAUUGAAACAAAUCAAGACUUCAAUACAGAAAAUGUGGAGACUGAAAAUUGCGAAGAAUCAUUUGGGUCCGCUAAAUCGACAACUGGGGAAAAUGUGGCAAAUGUUGUAAAUCAAGGCAAGGAAACUGAUUUGCCAGAUGAGCAGCUUGCUGCCGGUGAGAAAUUCCUAAUCAUGGACAAAAUACCAACAACUGUAGUAAAUUCAGUUCCCCAUGUAGAAACCCCUCAGGAGGUUGACACACCUCAAUCUUCUGUGUCCGAAACCAAGGAGAACCUUGUAACUUCUGAGCCUGCUGAAAUGACUAGUUCUGAUGUUUCCAAAACUGAGAAUAUUUUACAGAAUCGUGUCUCUGAAACUGCAGUUGCCGACGGCUCUACCCCUAACCCAGAAACCGAUUUAAAGCAGAGCUCAGAAGAUGAUGCUAUGAAAGAUUUAUCUGGUCAAAUCGCGGAAUCAUCAAAACACGUCUCUGAAACUGCGGUUGCUCAUGCUGCUAUGGAAGACAUUAGCGUGGAAUCAUCAGAACCAUCCCAACACUUCUCUGAAACUGCGGUUGCUGACGUCUCUGACCUAAACACAGAAAUCGAAACUUCUCCGAGCGAAUCCGAAGAAAAAACAAAAGAAGAUGCUGCUGCUAUUUCUGAAACUAUUGUCGCAGAAUCUCAGCUGGAAGUUUCGACAACUGUUGCCGAAGACCCAGUUGUAGAAAUUGAUGAAAAAGAAGCCGUAAACACAACUGUACAAGAAAUUGAUGAAGAAGGAGUUGAGAUGUUAACCAAUGAACCUGAUUUCAACGAAGAAAUGCCAAAUCCAAAAGAUGUCGAAGCUCUUGACAUAAUAGUUGCAGCAACUGAAAAAUCCUCGGCAUCAACAUCUAAAGAGUCGAUGCAUGAAGUCCCUUCAGAAUCACUAGAAUCUGAAAUUACAACACUUCCAGUAGAGCAAAGGAAGGAAACAGACAAACACCAAGAAAAUGUUGAGAAACAUGAGACAUCGAUCUCUGUAACUGAAGUUCCAGACUCUUCCGCAGAUUCGACAAACGACAACAGCAACGACAAUCUAUACACUGAAAACAAAAACAAGGUCAGCAGCUCUGAUGAUUGUCAAACAUUGUCGAAGAUUGAAACCAGUGAAAUUGUGGAAAUUCCCACAACAUCAGCCUCAUCGACGAUACCCAAAGACGAACAGAAAGUUGAAAUGGAAACAGUAUCUGAAGAUUUAGCGAAAUCUGUGGAAAAUGCAGAGAAACCAUCCUCAACUGAAGUUUCUGUAAGCGAUACUGUGAAGUCUUACGACAUCGAAGUCAUUAUUAAAGACAAGCCAACCAUCGAGGAACCAGCUGCUGACAAUGUAGAAUAUCAGGAAUCUAAACCAAAAAAACGUGCUACCCGUAUCCGCAAGGGUUCACAAUCCAGCGUUUGUUCCGAUGAUGGCUUAAGUGAAUUGCCAAAAUCCAGGCGAGCACGCAAAAACUCAAAAACUGAGGAAGAUUGUUCGAAGCAGGCUAAUGCUGUAGAUGACCUGCCGGCUGUUAGUGAAGAGCAAGAAAUUGACUCUGCUUCAAAGCAGCUUGAUAAAGAAACAGCUCAAGCCGUAGUAGAUUUGGGCACUGAUUAUUUGCGUAGUUCUGAGGCUCGGGAAGAAGAAGUUAAUACUACCAAGAAAUUACUACCAUCCAUUGAUGAGCACAAAAAGUUAUCCGAAGAAACAAAAGAAGCAAAAUUGGAGACUCCAGUACCAAAAGUGGCAUGCAGCGAAGCCACGACAGAAAAAUCUGCAGGCACGGACUUCGCUGAUAAAGAAACUGAGAAGAAUAUUGUACAUACAGAAGUUUUCGUGGCAGAGGAAUUACCAUCAUCAUCGACCGGUAUCGAAAGUGAGUCUAAGAAUAUUAUUGAGGCUGAACUUUCUGAUGAACAGGCUAAAGCGCCAGCCAAACGUGUUCGUCGCAAAGCUAGCGAAGAUCGCGUUCGUUCAGAUAUAGACAAGGAAACAGAAGUAGUUGAACCGGGUGUUGACAAAAAAGUUGUUCCAAAACGAGGUCGACGGAAAGCCAGUCAAGAUACCAAUGAAUGUACCUCGAAGGAGAAUGCUAUUACGGAAGUUGUGGUUGAGGAUACACAAAGGGAAAAAGAUGAAUCAAUCACCACUUCUAAAGAACAACAAAGCAGUGAUCUUGAAACUUCUAAGGAACCAAACAACAAGCGUACUCGUCGCAAGGCUAGUCAGGACACCAAACAUCCUGUUGAAAGCGCCAAGAAUACUCAUCUGGAUGUUAUAGAAGAAAUUCCUAAACAAGAAGUUAUUAUUGAAACCACAACAACGUCUAGCCAUGAAACCGUAAUACCUAAGGAGCCGGUUAAAGAACAACUUCCACUAAAGCGUAGCCGAAGGAAGGCAAGCCAGGAUUCAAAUCAUGGUGAAGAUAAUACAACAACACGAAAGACUGUACGUUCAAAAUCAGAAACUGAAUCGGAAAAUACAAUGGCUUUACAAACAAUUGAAGAAGUUCAAAAACUAGAAGAAAUAAAGGACGGCAAAGAGGCAGAUAAAGCCAAUAAUCAAAAUCUAGAAAUUCAAGUAGAGGAAUUGCCAUCAAAUAAAGAAGUUGGCGAUAACGAAAAUAAAAAGCCAGAGGUUACUGCAGUGCAUGAAGAGCCAUCAAAUAAGCGUAGUCGCCGGAAGACAAGUCAAGAUUCCACUCAAUGUGAUGUCAGUACUGCAAUAGAAAAAGAAAAGAUCAAACUGGGCGUAUCAAGUGCUUUGGACAUAAUCGAAGAGUCCAUGUCCACAGAAGGUUCUUCAGCUGCCAACCAGUGUGAAAACGAAGCAAUUGUUGAAGACAGUGACCUAAAAGCUGUUCGUUUCAGACCGGACAAUUCAAUUGUUUUAUUCAACAUCGAUGCCGCCACAUCAGAAAUAGGACAGUCUAAAAAACAAAUUGGCGAUGAAAAUAAAGAAGUGACCAAUACAAUGGCUGAAGCUCAACCAGGAACAAAAACCGUAUCUCAAAAAGAGAACAUGCCAAUGAAUAAACGUGGUAUCCGGAAGGCUAGUCAGGAUACAAAUCUUAGUGGUGACAGUACUAGCCAAGCAAAACCAAAUGCUACAUUAGAAGAGAAAAGUGAUUUGGAGAAAGUUAAGGAAAUUGAAACUGCAAAGAACAAAAGUGCGGCAGCAGCUAGUACUAGGCGAGGUCGCCGUAAGGCUAGUCAAGAUUCAAAUCAUGAAGAUGACAAUGUCAGCCAUUCUAAGCAAGAUACUAAUGUAGAACAUAAAUCUGUUCUGGAGAAAAUUGAGGAAAAUGCCGAUGUUGUGGCUGAUUAUGACCAACAACAGACAAAAGAAUCGCAAGAAGUUAAAGAAGACGACCAUGAGGUCAAGGCUACAAAGGCUCCAACUAGUACUAGUACUAGACGUGGUCGCCGAAAGGCUAGCCAAGAUUCGAAUCAAGGAGACGACAGCAGCACAUCUGCACGCAAGGGUGGCCGUUCAAAGGUUCAUGUAAAACCGGAAAUGCCCACUGUUUUAGAGAAAAUCGAAGAAAAUAAACAAAUAGCAGCAGAAGAGAAAGUUGUAUCAGAGCCACUCGAAGUGUCUGCAGGUCCAUCUGAAGAUGUUCAUGAUGUGAAAGCAGAUGAACAAGUGACAACUUCCAGCGAAGUCGAGGUUAAAAUUGAUGCAAAUCCCUCAGAGGUUGAGGAGCCGUCUGCAAGUGCAGCAGAUAAUGAGCAUCAAGAGCCCCAUAACAAAAGAGGUCGGUGUCGAGGACAAGUUGAAAAGGCUCAUACUACACAUGCCAGAAGAGGUGGUCGUAAAAAAGUUGAUGUACCGGUAGAUGAAAAAUUGGAACCUGUUGUUGAAACCUUAGUUGCAGCCGAAGUACAUAAAGAUGCAAGCGACACAAAAUCAACUGUUGUCGCAGUUGAAGAAACAAAAGAAAUGGAGCCUUUGAAUGAAAACACAACCAAAGAUGUGGUUGAAACUUUAACUGGACGAAGUCGUCGGAAAGCCCACCCCGAGAUUGACAACAGCUCGACAACUACAAGAAGAGUGCGCCAUGCAAGUACAAAAGACGAUGACCAUGCUGUAAUAGUAGAUACUGCUACAAUCGAAGUUUCGGAGCAAUCCAAUGAAAACGUCAAAGACAAAGAAGAACAUAAGGAUGAUGAUUCGCCAAGAAGGGCAACGAAACGCAAGGUACAAACAGCUCAGACUCAUGAUACUGACUCUCAUGCGGGUAAACCAAGAGCUAAAAGGGGCCGAAAUGCACACGCAGAUGCAGAUGAACCAAUUGAUGAUACUCAGCAAGAGGCGAAACAAGAAACUGAAAAUGUUGUCGGUAAUGAAAGUUCUGAAGUAACCAAAACUACUCGUGCCGGUGGUAGGACUGCUCGUACAAAACACCAUGAUGACGAUCAUCAUGAAGAAAAAACAUCUGGCAGAGCGAAGCGUGGACGCAAAAUUGCCGAAUGCGCCGAAUCCACUCCAUCAACUGAUGAAAAGGCAAAGAAGGAGGAGGAAGAACAUGAUGACCAUCACCAUGACGAAAAAACUACUGGCAGAGCAAAACGUGGACGCAAAAUUCAAGAAAGCUCAGAACCAACUCCAUCAGCUGAUGAGAAGCCAAAGGAGGAAGUCGAUGAACAACACUCAAGUCCUGAAAAAACAAAACCUUCACGCGGCACAAGCAGAAAUGCUCGAGCAAAACAUGAUGACAGCAAAGAGGAGGAUAAACAUCCUGAAGAUACGGCAUCAGCAAGGUCGAGGAGAGGCCGCAAGGUUCACGAAGACGACGAAUUGGCCGCCGCUACAACAAAUGAAGAAAUUGAUAAAAAGACAACAGAUGUUGAUUCAGAGCAUCACCCUUAUGGCCCUGAAACAGAGAAAACAUCUCAGGGCCCAACAAGGAAUCUUCGUGGAGAACACCCUGAAGAAGAUGACCAUCAUGAAGUAAAAAGUUCAACAAGAUCAAAGCGAGGUCGAAAGGUACAUGAAGAAGCAGUUCUAUCAGUAGAAGAAACAUCGCCACAAAAGCCAUCUGUUGAAACUAAGUCAACACGUGGCGCUACUAAAAAUCUUCGCACCAAACAUCAUGAUGAUGAUCAUGACCACGAAGAUGACCAUCAUGAUGUAAAAUCUUCUGCUAGAACAAAGCGAGGCCGAAAUGUGGUUCACCACGACGAGGAGCCAAGUCAAUCAAAAGGAGAAGAAGCUGACGAUACGGAGCACAAUACCAGUACCGAAAAAGCGAAAUCAGUUCGCGGUGCAAGAAAUAUUCGUACAAAAGAUGUUGAUGAAGUUCAUGAAGUAAAAACAACAGGAAGAGCGAAGCGUGGACGCAAGGUUGGAUUACAUGAAGAUGAGGAGGCAGUUCAAUCAACUGAAGAUACAACCCAAAAAGAAACUCUUGAGGAAACUGAGAAAGCAGAGCACCAUGCAAGUCCCGAAGGACCAAAGUCUACACGCGGCGCCUCUAGAAGUGCUCGAGGCAAACAUAUUGAGGAAAACCUUGAGGAAGAACAUGAUGAUGCUAAAACUGGUGUUGCUAAAAGCAAAGCGAACACCAAAGCAGCGCCUAACAGUCGAAGACGUGGUGCAAACAAAAAACAGGAUGAUGAUGGUGAACAUGCAGUAGAAAUAUCUCACGAUGAAGGCGAAGAUAACCGUGAGGUAGUGGUUCACAAAGGUCGUGGUGGUCGUAGAAAGCAAAAUGAAGAAGAGCCAUCGGAGCCUACUCCCACAACGCAUAUCGCUGAACCACCUAAAGCCAAAAAUUCACGUAAACGUAAAGAAUCUCAUACUGAAAAAGAGGAGCACGCAGCUGCGGUUGAAGCAGCGGAUCCCAAAACUCCUCAACGUUUGCCACCCACCGCGGAGGAAACUAAAGAAACACCAGAGUCGGAAAAACGUGCUCGAGAUUUGCCACAACGCAGAGCUGCCGUUGUCUAUCAUAAUUAUGACGAAACGUCAGAUUCUGAAAAACCGGAAAAGAAGAAGAAGAAAACGGAAUCACCACGCAAAUCAAUAGAAACAGCCAAACCCACAAUAGUGGAAACAAUAAAAACCAGCGAUUCCUCAUCGGACCAAUCUCCUGCUCUAACAACGGCCAGGGGACGUACAAGGAAACCCACCGCCAGAGUACAACAAUUCUUAGAAGAAGAACGGGCUAGAAAUGACUCUCCUAAAAAACGUACAGGAAGCACUGCCACUCCUACUACUGCGGCUACUGCUACACCCACAAGGCGCCAGCCUGCAAAGCGGGGAACAAAAGCUCAUGCGGCUGAACCAGUACCAGCAACUAUAGAAGCGGAGGCAAAUGAAAACCAAGAAGCCGAAGUGGAGCAACCCCAUCAAACACCGCGUACUGCUAAAACUGCCGUUUCCAAAGUUCGCAAAGUUACUCGAAAGGCCAAAACUGCAGAAGUCGAAACAGAAACGGUAACUGAAGAGCCGCCGGCAAAGAAAUCUCCUGUGGAGCUUGAGGCUGAGAAAAAAUUUAUAGCAAUACCCGAGAAACUGGAGGAGCAUAGUUCACCAGGCAGAACUACCGGUAGACGUAAUGCAGCAGCAGCCGCCAUAGCUAGAAUCGAAGAAGACGCUUUGGCUGCUGCUGCCAUUGAUGGUCCCAAGAAAUUGAAAGCGAAGAAACCUCUUGCCAAAGGCAUUGCUGCCGCCACCCCAACUACCCCUGCAAAACGAGAGCAUAGAUUAGCAUCAGCCUCAACUGUGGAAGGUGUAGAAGAUUUGCAACAAAUAGAGGAACAAACCGACUCACAGGAAGAACAAAAGUCGGCUGCGCCCAAACGCGGAGGUCGUAAAGCAGCAGCAACACCUUCAACCACAGAUACGGCAGAAGCAGUUCCUGCCAAAAAAAGUCGCCAAAAGAAGGGCAAUGCGGCAUCUGAGCCAACUGAAUCAGCUGAAGUCGAAGAACCCAAGACAAGUCGUGCAACCGCCAGAGGUCGUAAGAAUGUGCAAGAAAGUACGGCGGCAGCUGAAAAUCCUGUUGUUGUCCCACCCGCGGAAAAAGCUGUUGAAGAGCAACCAGCAGCAGCUGAGGCGACGACGACGACGACGACAAAACGUGCAACGCGAGUUCGUCGUAAAUAAUUUAAAUGAUUUUUUUUUAACUAGAUAAGUAUUGAUAAGAUUUUUAAAAUAAUUUAAUCGUUUUUUUUUAUAUAUAUAUAAAUAUUUAUGGAAAUGUUUGAGAACAAACAAAAUUUAAUAUUUUUUCUCUUGUCCUCUGGAAGUUGUUUUCUUUUUCUGUUUUAAUAUUUUUUUUCUGCUACAAAGGUUUAGAGCUAAGCCUUGUGCAAAGGAACACUUGUUUUGUUACGCUUUAAUGGCUAUCUUUUAUUUUCGCAGUUUCUGGCUAAGAAUCUUCUAUUUCCUAAUAUAUAUGUGUAGUUUUAGUUGCGAAAAAAAUUAAUGAGUUUUAUCGAAAACUUGUGUUUUGCUUACGAAUCUUAAUCGAAUUUGUUUUAUAUUCUAUUUUCUCACCGUUUGGAAAAACGCAUUACAUUUCCUUCUCAAUAAUUCAAAAAUAGAAGGGAGAAAUCUUCGUUUCGGAAAAAAAUCUUCAUAUAUAUAUUUUUUGUAUCGUAUAAAUCUUAGUAUUACUUAAAUGUAACUCUAACAAAAUCGCAGACCCGCAUACCACACAUAAAAUAUAUAAAAAUAAAUGUAAAGAUUACUUUAAUAUAAUUUUAA